GUUGCCGGAGCCGGGUAGCUGCUGAGCGGCUGCCGUCUCCGCUCCUCUCCCGUCUCAGCCUUCCUGGGCGCCCUGUCUGGGGCCGGCCACGCCGCCAUGCCCCGCGCCGUCUCGCUCCUCCUGCUGCUCCUCAGCCUGGUCCAGCGCCGCUCCUGUCUCGCCGGGCCGUCGCCCACCGCCAAAUCCCUCGACUGGCCGUCGGACCCUUGCCUCAGUCAGCCCUGCAAGAACAACGGCACCUGCUCCCCGCGCCGCGCGCCGCUGCUUUUCCUUCAGCCUGCCUAUAGCUGUGUCUGCCCCCCUGGGGUCACCGGCACCUACUGCCAGUUUGUUUCAGAUUCAUGUGCCAGCAGUCCUUGCCACCAUGGUAACUGCAGUAGUAACAGUGACGGCUAUCUGUGUGUGUGUGAUGAAGGCUAUGAAGGUACAAACUGUGAACAUUCAGUUUAUAGUCCUCCUGUGUCAGGAUGGACAGAAUCGGAGGUGCCAAGUCAAAGCAGGCCAGCACUGGCCACCAUGGAACCUGACAUGGUCUUGCCACGAUCACAGGCCACAGUGACACUGCCUACGUGGGAGCCAAAGGAAGGACAAAAAGUUGUGGACCUGAAAUGGAAUGAAGUAGAGAUAAUUCCUGAUGUGGCUUGUGGAAAUGCCAGCUCCAAUAAUUCUGGUGGGGGUCGCCUUAUAUCAUUUGAAGUUCCAAAUAAUACAUCAAUAAAUAUAAGGCAAGAUGCUACAGCUUCCCUUAUUUUGUUAUGGAAAGUCACAACAGAAAGGUUUAAACAAUGUUCGCUGAUAGAUGCCACAAGCGUUACUCUUCUCCAAGCAAUGGGUGGACUUGUCCUGACAGAAGAAAUGCUUGAAUUAGGAAACAACUAUUUCAUUGGUUUUGUGAAUGAUUCUGUUGCCAAAUGCAUUGUGGCUUUACGCUUGACUGUGAUAGUGAAAGUCAGCAUGUGCUUGCCCGCAGGAAGCCAGUCAGGUGACCUUCAGUGUUCAGGGAAAGGAAGGUGCAUCACGAAACCAUCUGAGGCAACUUUUUUCUGUGACUGUGAAGAUCAAUACUUGGGUGCUUUCUGUGAAGAAUUUGAUGCCUGUCAAAGUGGUCCCUGCCAGAACAAUGGAACAUGCAUGGAUGUCACAGAAAAACACGAUGGCAACAAUUUCACCUGUACUUGCCUCACUGGAUAUACUGGAGAUCUGUGUCAGUCAGAUAUUGAUUACUGCCAUCAACAGCCAUGUAAAAAUGGAGGAUCCUGUUUUUCCAGUGUCAGUGGAUUCAGUUGCCAGUGUCCAGAAGGGUAUUUGGGAUCAUCUUGUGAAGAGAAAGUUGAUCCCUGUGCUUCAUCUCCUUGUCAAAACAAUGGGACCUGUUAUGCAGACCGGGCUUCAUAUACUUGCAGUUGUAGUCCAGGAUUUACUGGCCCUACUUGUGCCCAGCCGAUUGACUUCUGUGCUCUGAAUCCUUGUGCACAUGGCAUUUGCCGUAGUGUUGGAACAAGUUACAAAUGCCUCUGUAUUCCAGGUUACCAUGGACUCUAUUGUGAGGAGGAAUAUAAUGAAUGUCUUUCAGCCCCUUGUCAAAAUGGUGCCACCUGCAGAGACCUUGUCAAUAGCUAUGAAUGUGUGUGCCUUGCUGAAUAUGAAGGCAGGCAUUGUGAAUUGUACAAAGAUCCUUGUGUUAACAUCAGCUGUCAGAAUGGCGGUACUUGCGACAGUGAAGGGCUAAAUGCUACGUGUAUCUGUGCCCCUGGAUUCACAGGUGAUGAAUGUGAUGUCAAUAUAAAUGACUGUGAGAGUAACCCCUGUCAUCAUGGCGGAAUAUGCAUAGACCAGCCCAAUGGGUACACUUGCCAUUGUCCACGUGGUUGGGUUGGAGCAAACUGUGAAAUACACCUACAGUGGAAGUCUGGGCACAUGGCAGAGAGCUUGACAAACAUGCCACGGCAUUCAUUGUACAUCAUAAUUGGAGCCUUAUGUGUAGCAUUUGUCCUGAUGUUGAUCAUCCUAAUUGUGGGGAUCUGCCGCAUCAGCCGUAUUGAAUAUCAGGGUUCUUCAAGGCCAGCAUAUGAGGAAUUCUACAACUGCCGGAGCAUUGACAGUGAAUUCAGUAGUGCCAUUGCCUCUAUCCGACAUGCCAGGUUUGGAAAGAAAUCUCGGCCUGCAAUGUAUGAUGCCACCCCAAUUACUUAUGAAGAUUACAGCCCUGAUGACAAACCUUUGGUCACACUGAUUAAAACAAAAGAUUUGUAA